CAAUGUUGUUACCUAAAAUAAUACUGAAUAUCUGGCUCAAUAAGUCAAUGUCUGUGAUUUAACAUCUUUUUGUGGUAUAUGAUAUAUAUCUUGUACAGUUCAGUAUUUAAAGAAUUUAGAAAUGUUUAAUUUAUUUUUAUUUUUCCUUAAUUCCAUCAUUUUUGUAUAUAGAUUAGCAUCUGUGGCUUAUUCUGUUUUUAUUUUGCUUUCUUAUAUGUUAUUCUGGUAUGUUGUAGUGUUAGUUGCAGGGCGCAACCUUGUAGGACACCGUCACAGGAAUACUAACAUAGACAAUAACAAGAUCCAUAAAUAUGCUUCUCCAUACAGACACCCUAGACCUAGUAAGACUAACCCACCCGGUGAAAGAGCUAACAUUUAUACUAAUAAUAAUAUCAAAAAAAGACCAGGUAUCUCAGAGAACCAGAUCCUAACCAAUGCUGAAUCACCAAAACAAAGCAAAGUAUUUGAACAUCCACGACACUCAGGAUUGAAUAGAAAAUCUACAGAUAAUGGUUUCAGUAUACCCAUUAAUGAUAAUUGGAUGAAAAUGAGUCACAAGGAUGAUCAAAAUGGGGAUUUAGAAACCAUUGAUGAAUCAUCUAACAACCCUCAUGAAGACAAACGCAAUUCAAAUACGAAUGAUGAAAAUUCGAAAUUCAGUCGUCACUAUCCACGCAAUAAUCCCAGACAUAUGUUAAGCCAAGAUGCAAUGGAAGAUGAAAGUUUGAGUAAUGAACAUGAUAACAGAGUAGAUAUCAGUGGAUACCACCCUGCUAUGUGGCAACAACAUGAGGAUGAUAAAGAUACAUUCGUGUGGAAGAGCAAACAAUUAGAUGACGAAAUCACAAGACAAAAUGAGUUCAGUGAGGACAAUGAAUUUAUCAGUGAUUUAACACAGAUGCACAGACGUCGUGGGAAGUCCUGGAAAGGACACCAGGAUCCAAUCAAAAGGCACACGGAACCUCUUCAAACAACAGAAAUUCCUGAACUUCCUGAAGCAUCGAAAUAUGGGCUGGAAAGAGAACGGAAGAAUCCUUCUUAUGGAAACUGGGGAGGUAUUCUCGGAAGAAGAAUUCCUGAAAUACCUACUGGUGAUAGUCCAUCUAGGUAUGGGAACUGGAAAGGCAUAGUUGAAAAUCAAUAUAAUCAAAGGAAAGCAAUUAAUAAUGAAGGAGAUGAAAAAGUUGAUUUUAGUAACAGACUUUACUCAGAAAAGUAUGAAAGAAUAGCAACCAGUGAGCAAAGAGAAUCUCUAGAUGAUAAAUAUGCAGUUGCUUCUAGAAAGAGACUUCCACCAAGUGAAUCUGAUACAGAAGUUCAGUUCAACAACAGUCCAACUGAUCAGCACUCAUUGACCGCUGAACCCAGUGAAGAAAAUCCAUAUGGUUUUUGGAAGAAACAGUUGGACAAAGAUUCUAACCUUAUUGGAGGUGUAAAUCACUGGGCUAAUGAAUAUGUAAAUAGAAUCAAACCUGUCAAAGAGUAUUAUGAAAAGGGCAUGCCUCAAAAUGAUAAAAAUCUCCCUAUGUCUAAGGAAUACAUUGAUAGGAUAUCACAAGACAUUAAUGAUAAGGAGAAGCACCAACAGGAAAAAAACCAUAGGGAUUUGAUUAACAGGUUCAGACAUGGUGAUAAUGAUGAGGAAAAUCUUCAAAAUAUUAGAAAUCCCCCAAAUGACAAUAUUGGACCUAAUGCCAAUAGUUUGGACAACUUAUAUGACAAAGCUUCAACUUCAAAUGAACAAGAAGUUAAAUCAAGGGCAAGUAGAAAGAAGUUCAACCACCUAGACUCUUGGUUUAAUAAAAACAGUGAAAAUCAACAACAUAAACUUACAUCCAAAAACAAUCAAAAUACUUCUGAUUUCUCCAAAACAGGUGUCCCACCAAUUAAAUCCACAAAAGAAACACCAGAAGAAAUCCCAACAGAUGAAGUAGAAAAAAUAACAAAUAAAAGCUUAAAUGGGACAACUUCCAGGAAUACAAAACCAGGCAGGAGCCGUAUAAGGAUGAAUCAAUGGAAGACUGAUAAUGAAGAUGGGCAAGAUACAAAGACUACAGUAAAUGAUGAAGCACUGGAUAAAACUACUGUUAAGUCAGUCACAACAACUAAAGAUGGUAGGAACUUUAAUGUUUCUGCACAGGUUCUGGAGGUAAACAGGGUGCUCAUUUAGGAAAAUUCUUAGAAAUCCAGUUCAAAUGCACAAAUUCAAACAGGGUGAUUACUGAAACAUUCAAAGCAAAGUAAUUUUAUAUUGUGUAUCUAUCUUUGUGAAUAAUUGAAUGGAUUUCUAAGGAUCGUACUGGUGAUUUGAAAACUUGGGAGUUGGUUAAAACCUCUAUGAUGGUGAAAAUGGGAUUAAUGCUGACAAGGAUUCUUUCAAUAGAUAUAAAAGGUGGUUUGAUAUCCCAUGAGAAAAACAAAGUGUAGGAAAUGAAGAAAGGAAGCCAAUUCAUUGUUAUAUAAGUGUGGUAUUGGGGCUUAUAGGCAUGUGUUUUAUACAGAUGUGUUUAUCUCCAAUUUAAUUUGUCAUUUAAAUG